UGUCCAAACGUGUUUCUUGUAAUGAGGUUCAUACUGGUAGUUUUAAGUUGCCUGCUGGCAGGUGCUUUAGCCACCAAACCACCGAAAUGGCCUGAUGUCUACUCCGUCAGCGGCAUGCUGACCAUUCCGUAUGCCGAAAUUAACGAACCAUUUUAUGCCUGGUACGACAAAGCGAAUGGACGCUCCCGGAUCGAUUACUACGGUGGCAUGGUCAAAACGUAUCAGCUUACCAAGCAGGGCCCGUACGGCGUAAGCCUUAAGUUGGCCCCGAUUACGACGCAAACCCUGAUGAACAAAGAAACUUGCCUGCAGGUUAAUGGGUCAGCGGAAAACAAGAUCGAUGUGCAGGGCAUCCUGCCGUACGUGAAGGAGUUCCAGCUGCUGGGUACGGAAGAAUGUUCCGGUUAUCAGUGUGAUAAGUUUGGGCUGACCGAGGUCAUCGGACAGAAGCGCAAUGUUUACACGCUCUGGGUGCGGUACGUGAAGUCGCCCAAGUAUCCUGCGGCCCGCAUGCCGAUCCCGGUGCGGUACGAGAUGAAGGGCUACAAUACGCUGCUCGGUUCGCACUACGAUCACUACUAUCUGGACUACGAGUCUUACGAUCAUCAGGACAUCCCGGAGGAUGUGUUUGAGGUGAAACUGAGUGACCCAUGCGUUGGAUUCCCCGGACCGGGCACUGGUCAUUAUGCCACCUUUAAUCCGAUGCAGGAAUUCAUUCACCCACGGUCGGAAGAACAUUUGCACAACGAGUUCGGACGGUUCAAGAACAAGCAUCGCAAGUCGUACGAUAGUGACGAGGAGCACGAGCGUCGGUUGAAUGUGUUCCGGCAGAAUUUGCGCUUCAUCCAUUCGCACAACCGAGCCAACCGGGGUUUCUCCGUGUCCGUUAACCAUCUGGCCGAUCGGACGGAGGAAGAGCUGAAAGCACUGCGCGGAUUCCGUUCUUCCGGUAUUUACAACGGUGGCAAACCGUUCCCAUACAACCCGGCCGAACAUCUGGCCGAUCUGCCGGAUAGUUGGGAUUGGCGUAUCAGUGGUGCCGUAACACCGGUAAAGGAUCAGUCCGUGUGUGGUUCGUGCUGGUCGUUCGGUACGAUCGGCCACAUCGAGGGUGCAUACUUCCGCAAGACGCAGAAGCUGGUCCGUUUCUCGCAACAGGCACUGAUCGACUGUUCCUGGGGCUAUGGCAACAAUGGGUGUGACGGUGGGGAAGACUUCCGUGCGUACCAGUGGAUGAUGCAGGUCGGUGGUGUCCCAAUGGAGGAUGAGUACGGCGGUUAUUUGGGUCAGGAUGGGUAUUGUCACGUGCAAAACAUGACCCUGUACGCACCGAUUACCGGUUGGGUGAACGUAACGUCAGGUGAUCCGGAUGCGUUUAAGGUGGCACUGUUCAAGCAUGGGCCGCUUUCGAUUGCGAUUGAUGCCGGACAUAAGUCGUUUAGCUUCUACUCGAACGGGGUGUACUAUGAGCCGGAAUGUAAGAACAAGCUGGAUGAGUUGGAUCAUGCCGUGCUGGCAGUGGGCUAUGGACAGCUGAACGGACAAGACUAUUGGCUGAUCAAGAACUCGUGGUCCAACUACUGGGGUAACGAUGGGUAUGCGUUGAUGGCGGUGAAGGACAACAACUGUGGUCUGACGACUGACGCCACGUACGUGCUGAUGGGAGACAGCUAAGCUAGGAAAACCAUUCCUCCGGUAGCAGCGGGAGCUGAU